GGGGGCGCUGUGCGCGCGGCCCCCUCAGCGCCGUGAGGCGGCUCCGGGCCGGGCCUGGGGAGGCUCCGAGACCGGCCCCGCUCCGGCCCCGCUCCGGCCCCGCUCCGGCCCCCGCUCCGCUCCCACAACCCCUCCGACCCCUCCAGCCACCCCGCCCCGAGGAUGAGCCGCCCCCAGCGCCGGCCCGUGUGUGGCGACCCCCGAGCGGAGCCGCGCGGGAUGGGACCGCUGCAGCUCUGAGCCGCCCCUCCCCGCCGCCGCUAUGGGAGACUCGGGCGCGGGUCCCGAUCCCCGCCGGGGGCCGGGCCCGGAUCCGGCGCCCCAAGGGAACAACGGGGGGACGUCCCUGAGCGUCAUCUCGGAGGGCGUGGGCGAGCUGGCCCUCAUCGACCCCGAGGUGGCCCAGAAGGCCUGCGAGGAGGUGCUGGAGAAGGUGAAGCUGCUGCACGGGGCCGUCCCCAACGGGGAGGCCGGCGAGGGCUGCGAGAUCCGCUGCCUGGACGAGCCCCGGCUGCGCGAGGAGGACGAGGAGGGCGCGGCCAACACGGUGAAGACGGCGCGGCGGCGGCAGAAGAACAACUCGGCCAAGCAGUCGUGGCUCCUGCGGCUCUUCGAGUCGAAGCUCUUCGACAUCUCCAUGGCCAUCUCCUACCUGUACAACUCCAAGGAGCCCGGCGUGCAGGCCUACAUCGGCAACCGGCUCUUCUGCUUCCGCCACGAGGACGUGGACUUCUACCUCCCGCAGCUGCUCAACAUGUACAUCCACAUGGACGAGGACGUGGGCGACGCCAUCAAGCCCUACAUCGUGCACCGCUGCCGCCAGAGCGUCGACUUCUCGCUGCAGUGCGCGCUGCUGCUGGGGGCCCUCUCCUCCGACAUGCACAUCUCCACCCAGCGCCACUCCCGCGGCACCAAGCUGCGCCGCCUCAUCCUCUCCGACGAGCUCAAGCCCAGCUCGGCCCAGGGGCAGCAGCGGCGCCGGGAGCUGCCUCCUUCCUCCUCCUCCUCCUCCUCCUCCUCCUCGGCGGUGGGGGGGGCGCCGGGGGUGGGCCAGGACGGCACCACGGGGCUGUCGCCCUCCAAGAGGACUCACCAGAGGUCCAAGUCGGACGCCACGGCCUCCAUCAGCCUGAGCAGCAACCUGAAACGCACGGCCAGCAACCCCAAGGUGGAGAGCGACGAGGAGCCGGCCCGCCUGGCCCCGGAGCGGGAGUUCAUCCAGUCCCUGAUCUCCAUCGGGAAGCGUUUGGCCACCCUGCCCACCAAGGAGCAGAAAACCCAACGUUUGGUGUCGGAGCUGUCGCUGCUCAACCACAAACUGCCCGCCCGGGCCUGGCUGCCCACGGCCGGCUUCGAGCACCACGUGGUCAGGGUGCCCCACUCCCAGGCCGUGGUGCUCAACUCCAAGGAUAAGGCUCCCUAUCUGAUCUACGUGGAAGUGCUGGAAUGUGACAAUUUCGACACGGCGAAUGUUCCCGCCCGGAUCCCGGAGAACCGGAUCCGGAGCACGCGCUCGGCCGAGAACCUGCCCGAGGUGGGGAUGAGCCACGAGCAGAGGACGGGCAGCUUCAGCACCGUCCCCAACUACGACAACGACGACGAGGCCUGGUCCGUGGACGACAUCGGGGAGCUCCAGGUGGAGCUUCCAGAGGUUCACACCAACAGCUGUGACAACAUCUCCCAGUUUUCCGUGGACAGCAUCACGAGCCAGGAGAGCCGGGAGCCCGUGUUCAUCGCCGCCGGGGACAUCCGGAGGCGGCUGUCGGAGCAGCUGGCGCACACCCCCACCUCCUUCCGCAGGGAUCCCGAGGAUCCGUCCGCCGUCGCCCUCAAGGAGCCCUGGCAGGAGAAAGUCAGGAGGAUCCGGGAAGGGUCUCCCUACGGACACCUCCCCUCCUGGAGGCUCCUCUCCGUCAUCGUCAAGUGCGGCGACGACCUUCGCCAGGAGCUGCUGGCAUUCCAGGUGCUCAAACAGCUCCAGUCCAUCUGGGAGCAGGAGCGGGUCCCGCUGUGGAUCAAGCCCUACAAGAUCCUGGUGAUCUCGGCCGACAGCGGGAUGAUCGAGCCCGUGGUCAACGCCGUGUCCAUCCACCAGAUCAAGAAGCAGUCCCUGCUCUCCCUGCUGGAUUAUUUCCUGCAGGAGCACGGGAAUUACAACACCGAGUCCUUCCUGAGCGCCCAGAGGAACUUCGUGCAGAGCUGCGCCGGGUACUGCCUGGUCUGCUACCUGCUGCAGGUCAAGGACAGGCACAACGGGAACAUCCUGCUGGACGCCGAGGGCCACAUCAUCCACAUCGACUUCGGGUUCAUCCUCUCCAGCUCCCCCCGGAAUUUGGGCUUCGAGACCUCGGCCUUCAAACUCACCUCCGAGUUCGUGGACGUGAUGGGGGGCCUGGACGGGGACAUGUUCAACUACUACAAGAUGCUGAUGCUGCAGGGGCUGAUUGCGGCCAGGAAACACAUGGACAGGGUGGUGCAGAUCGUGGAGAUCAUGCAGCAAGGCUCGCAGCUCCCGUGUUUCCACGGCUCCUCGACCAUCCGGAACCUGAAGGAGCGUUUCCACAUGAACAUGACGGAGGAGCAGCUGCAGCUGCUGGUGGAGCAGAUGGUGGACGGGAGCAUGAGAUCCAUCACCACCAAGCUCUACGACGGCUUCCAGUACCUCACCAACGGCAUCAUGUGACCGCAUUCCCAAAAAAAAACACCCGGAUCCCGCCCUCGGGAAAGGAGGAGCUUCCAGCGGGAGCGGCGGCUUUUUUUGUCUCCUCCUCCUCCCCCUCGGGAGACUCUUCCCAGGGGCGGGACCGACCCCGAGGACGCGCAGAGGAAAAAAAAACCCACAGGAAAACAACGGGAUGGAAAAGGAAAAAGAAAAAAAAAAACAGGAAAAGCAGGAAAAAAAAAACAAAAACACAAACAAACAAAACUUAUCCCAAAUAUCCCCCCCCCCCCCCCGCUGGUGGAAAUCAUGGAAUCAUGUGGAAAACGGGGCUGGGGGAGGAAGGAAAGGGGGGAACCCCUUAGGGGGGGUCCUGGAGCCCCCCCCAGGAAUCCAUGGAAUGUUUGGGAUGGGAAGGGGGGUGGGGGCAGCAGAGCUGGAUCCCGAGGGUCCCUUCCCUGCAGGGAUCCCCCCCCGGGGUGGGCAGGGAUGGCAGGGGGGGCCUGGAGAUUCCAGGGGGGUCCUGGAGAUUCCAGGGGGGAUCCUGGAGAUUCCAGGGGGGGUCCUGGAGAUUCCAGGGGGGGUCCUGGAGAUUCCAGGGGGGAUCCUGGAGCUGCUGCCUCCUCCUCCUCCUCCUCCUCCUCCUUGCUCCCUGCUCCAGGAAUUUGGGAUUUGGGACUGGGACGCUCCUUCCCUGCCCCAUUCCCGGGGAUUUCGGGGGGGGGGGAUCCCAGAGGUGCCUCCCCAGGAUGGGGUUGGGGGGGGAGGGGAGGACCCAGAGCCUUCCCAACCCCCCCGGGAAGGGAAAACCACCCCCAAAAUCCCCCCCCCCCUCGUGUGUCCGACCCCUCUCUUGGCUUUAAGAGCAGUGACCCCCCCCCUGCACCCCAAAUGUCCCCCCCAAAUGUCCCCCCCAGGCUCAGCCCGUCCUGCUGGUCAGAUGGGGACGCUCUGACAGCGUCCAGUGUCCCCCCCCAUCCCCGUGUCCCCCCCUCAGUGUCCCCCCCCCCGUCCCCCCCCCCCCAAUCUCUUUGUUUAGCACUAAUUAUUUGUCACGUUGAUGAUGAUUAUUUAGCAUUAAAAACCAAAAAAAUUCUA